CAGCAAUUUGUAAUUUGCGUUUUAGCAAAGGACACAAAUAAGGUUGUUACAGUCCUCGCUACAUUGGGCCGCGGUGAGAAGACGCAAGAAAUAUCUUAUACAGAUAUCAAAGUCGUGGGAAAUGGCUCCUUUGGUGUUGUCUAUCAGGCGUGUUUAUGCGAUACGAAUGAAGUCGUUGCUGUCAAAAAAGUUCUGCAAGAUCGGCGAUUCAAGAAUCGCGAGCUGCAGAUUAUGCGGUCACUCGAUCAUCAGAAUAUAGUUAAACUCAAGUAUUUCUUCUACGUCAUGGGCGAAAGGAAAGAAGACGUUUAUUUGAACCUAGUACUGGAGUUUGUUCCUGAAACUGUUUACAGAGUUGCACGUCGGUACUCUCGGCAGAAGGAGACAAUUCCGAUGAUUUUUGCUAAAUUGUACAUGUACCAGUUAUUUCGCAGUCUCGCCUACAUUCACAGCAAGGGCAUUUGUCAUCGAGACAUCAAGCCUCAAAACCUCCUCCUCGAUCCAUCCACUGGAAUUCUUAAGCUUUGUGACUUCGGCAGCGCCAAAGUGCUGGUCCAGGGUGAGCCCAACGUAUCCUACAUUUGUUCUCGCUACUACCGCGCACCUGAACUCAUAUUCGGCGCAGUUAACUACACCUGCCAGAUUGACGUGUGGUCAGCGGGUUGUGUGUUUGCAGAGCUGCUUCUAGGUCAGCCCAUCUUCCCCGGUGAGAGCGGUGUUGAUCAACUGGUAGAAAUCAUCAAGGUGCUUGGUACUCCUUCUCAUGAGCAGAUUCGUGACAUGAACCCCGAUUACCGCGAGUUCAAGUUCCCACAGAUCAAGGCUCACCCCUGGCCCAAGGUGUUCCGGGCUCACACCCCCCCUGACGCCAUCCAGUUGGUUACGAAGUUGCUUGAUUACACGGCGUCUAAGCGUUUGAAGCCCCUCGAAGCUUGUCUCCAUCCGUUCUUCGAUGAACUUCGACAGGAGGGUGCCACCCUGCCAGACAAAAGUUCGCUCCCUCCGCUUUUCAACUUCAGUGGCAAUGGUAAGCACAGCAUUCCGCCAUCUCUCCCUCUGAUUCUGCUUCUUUGUACACCUCUAAGUGGCACCGGAUGUUAG